UCUCUCUCUCCUCAGAAACGCCGACAAAAAUGGCGGAAACAGGUUCUGACACAACUGCGAUCGUACUUCUACUUAUGCUCGCGUUCACGAUAGCACGUGCCGAUCUUCCGGGCACGUGGGAGCUUCUCGUACCGGACGCCGGUAUAGCAUCAAUGCACACGGCGGUGACCCGGUUCAAUACGGUGGUUCUCCUUGACCGGACCAACAUCGGGCCUUCGAGGAAAUUCCUCGGCCAUAAACGGUGCCGGAGAGACCAAAGCGAUCCCAUUCUAAAGCUCGACUGCUACGCUCACUCGGUUCAAUUCGAUCUCGGCACGAACCGGAUCCGACCACUGAUGAUUCAAACCGACACGUGGUGCUCGUCGGGUCAGUUUUUGCCCGACGGCUCGUUGCUUCAGACCGGCGGUGACUUGGACGGGUUCAGAAAGAUCCGCAGAUUCGACCCAUGCGAGCCAACCGGUUCGUGCGAUUGGGUCGAGCUCAGUGAUACCGAACUGGUGGCCGGACGUUGGUACGCGACGAACCAGAUUUUACCGGACGGUUCGGUGAUUAUCGUCGGCGGGAGAGGAACCAGCACGGUGGAGUAUUACCCCCCGCGGAAAAAUGGCGCCGUUCCGUUCCCGUUCCUUGCCGACGUGGAAGACACCCAGAUGGACAACCUCUAUCCGUACGUUCACCUUCUCCCCAAUGACCACCUAUUCGUCUUCGCCAACAACCGCGCCGUCAUGUACGACCACCGGAAAAACACCGUCGUCAGGGAGUACCCGCCGUUGGACGGUGGUCCAAGAAACUACCCCUCCGGUGGUUCGUCGGCGAUGCUAGCGAUCGGAGGCGAUUUCGCGGCGGCGGAGGUUCUCGUCUGCGGCGGAGCCCAGUUCGGCGCUUUCAUGGCGCGUACAACCGACGCGCCGGCGCACGGGACAUGCGGCCGGAUAGUGGCGACGGCGGCGGAGCCGGCGUGGGCGGUGGAGGAGAUGCCUUUCGGGAGGAUCAUGGGGGAUUUGGUGAUGUUACCGGACGGAGGCGUUCUGAUCAUCAAUGGAGCUCAAGCUGGUUCUCAAGGUUUUGAAAUGGCGACGAACCCGUGUCUGUACCCGCUUCUGUAUCGACCCGAUCAGCCAAUCGGGUUACGGUUCAUGACAUUGAACCCGGGAACCGUACCCAGAAUGUACCAUUCGACGGCGAAUCUUUUACCGGACGGUCGGAUUCUUCUCGCCGGAAGUAACCCUCACUACUUCUACAAGUUCAAGGCCGAAUUCCCUACAGAACUACGCAUCGAAGCGUUCUCGCCGGAGUAUCUAUCACCAGACCGGGCGAAUCUCCGGCCAGAGAUCCUGGAGAUUCCGGUGACUGUACGGUACGGCGAAGGGUUCGACUUGUUGGUCAAUGUACCGUUGCCGGUCGUGGGGAUCAUAGAGGUGAAUUUGGGAAGCGCGCCUUUCGCGACCCACUCGUUCUCGCAGGGUCAACGGCUGGUCAAACUGAACGUCCAGCCGUCGGAGCCGGUGGCCGGAGAAGGGAAGUACAAGAUCCGGUGUAUGGCACCACCGAACGGCGCCGUUGCUCCGCCGGGUUAUUACAUGGCCUUCGCCGUCAACCAGGGCGUACCCAGCGUCGCUCAUUGGGUACGGAUAGUUUCUUGACACCAAAUUGCAUUUCCCACAAAAAAAAAACGAUCAUAUUUUUCGGAGAAUGUAAAACCAAACCCAAUUAUCAUUGUAAUUUAAAUAUUUCCAUCCGAAAUCUUACAUACUUAAAUCGAAACCAUAUACUAUCUACCAUGGUAA